AUGAUUUGUGAUAUAAUUAAUAUAGCACUCCGUACACCUCCUUAAAAAGAACGAAUUUCUUUUCCUAAUACUACAGCUUCUCCUAUUAGUUCUAGUGAUUCAUCAGUGGAAUCAAAAUAAAUCUCUAAACUACAAAUUCCCAGACCUUUAUUAAGUCAAGAUGAAAAAUUUGAAGCCUCAUUGUGCUCUUUUGACUUUAAAUUAUUGAUGCCUGAUGAAGGAAGCAUUUUCAAUUAAAAGUUACUUACCUAAGAACUAAUCGAAAUGAGGUUUAUAUUAGAUUAAGAUGAAAGGUAAAUUUAUUCAAAACUACAACCUUUCUAUUAAAGCUUAGACAUUUAAGAGCAAGAUAUACUAAAUGAUGAUAGAACUACUUUGAUGCUUAAGAAUAUUCCUAAAUACAUGAGGCCAACUGAUCUAAGGAAUCUCUUGAACAAAGACUUCAAAUCUUAAUUUGAUUUUCUCUAUUUGCCAUCCGAUAACAAUAAAGAAGGAAACUUAGGUUAUGCUUUUGUCAAUUUUCUUUACCCAGAAACAGUAUUCAAUUUUUUUAAGAAAUACAAUAAUAAUAAAUGGAGUAUAAAUGAUAAAGUAGACAAAGAUAUUUAUUAUAAAAGCAAAUCUGCCAAUUGA